AUGAGUAAGGUUUUGUUCAAAAUCAUCACAUCUGUGAUGGUUGGAAGGUCUCUUGAACUGUCCGCAGAGGACGAGGGUACUCAAAUGUUCGAUAUCAACGUCAUUAUCCACGCCUACCAACGACGCCUCGAAACCAAGUAUCCACCUAGCCGGUUCCAUCUCAACCCUCCUGCCUUCGGCGGAGAGCUUAGUUUAUCGAUUUCAGGCAGGAACCAGUUCAAACUGAACUGCCAGAACGACGAGGACUUCGAGAGGUUCGCGAAGCGAUGGUGGGAGGUCCUCCAGGAGCCCAGGCGCCAGAGGCACACAAUCCAGGUCUCUCUGACUAUUCGCUUCGAGGCCAGGCCAGUUACGCCUCAGCCGUCUAUCCUGGAGGAGUAA